AUGCAGAUUAGUAAUUCCACCAUUGGAGAACCACAUAGAAACGGGCUACGGCCCCGACACAGGCACGGGUCUCAGCCCCCUACACUGGCACGGGUCACGGGUCUCAGCCCCGACACAGGCACGGGUCUCAGCCCCCUACACUGGCACGGGUCACGGGUCUCAGCCCCGACACAGGCACGGGUCUCAGCCCCCUACACUGGCACGGGUCACGGGUCUCAGCCCCGACACAGGCACGGGUCUCAGCCCCCUACACUGGCACGGGUCACGGGUCUCAGCCCCGACACAGGCACGGGUCUCAGCCCCGACACUGGCACGGGUCACGGGUCUCAGCCCCGACACAGGCACGGGUCUCAGCCCCGACACUGGCACGGGUCACGGGUCUCAGCCCCGACACAGGCACGGGUCUCAGCCCCGACACUGGCACGGGUCACGGGUCUCAGCCCCGACACAGGCACGGGUCUCAGCCCCGACACUGGCACGGGUCACGGGUCUCAGCCCCGACACAGGCACGGGUCUCAGCCCCGACACUGGCACGGGUCACGGGUCUCAGCCCCGACACAGGCACGGGUCUCAGCCCCGACACUGGCACGGGUCACGGGUCUCAGCCCCGACACAGGCACGGGUCUCAGCCCCGACACUGGCACGGGUCACGGGUCUCAGCCCCGACACAGGCACGGGUCUCAGCCCCGACACUGGCACGGGUCACGGGUCUCAGCCCCGACACAGGCACGGGUCUCAGCCCCGACACUGGCACGGGUCACGGGUCUCAGCCCCGACACAGGCACGGGUCUCAGCCCCGACACUGGCACGGGUCACGGGUCUCAGCCCCGACACAGGCACGGGUCUCAGCCCCGACACUGGCACGGGUCACGGGUCUCAGCCCCGACACAGGCACGGGUCUCAGCCCCGACACUGGCACGGGUCACGGGUCUCAGCCCCGACACAGGCACGGGUCUCAGCCCCGACACUGGCACGGAACACACGAGUGGGAUGAGGGUACAGGAGAGUGGGAGGGAACAAAAGGAGUGGGAGGAGUGGGAGAAGGGAACGGGAGAGGGAGAAAGGAACAGGAGAGGGAGGAGGGUACAGGAGGAGUGGAAGGAGGGCACCAUCACCUCCCUCUCACCAUCACCUCCCUCACCACAUCGCAAUGUUCACAAUAUCCCGCGACUGGGUAAGCGUCUGCGAAAACGUGCGAGGAACGCCUUGCAAGUAGAGAACUUCCGGCAAGCUGUAUACACGCUCUGUUAUACAGUUGAUGGCUACUGCCUACACUACAGCCAUUACUUCGCCAGCCAUGUUUGGCUUGACGUCCAUGUCUAUUUGGGCCAGAUCUACAGCGCCUACAGAGAUUCUAUGGGUAAAGGUAAAGAGGAAUGGCUAAGGUGGGUCACUAACACCUGA